GAGGUUUAUAAGAGUUAGGGCUGCCCGGGGGUACCCUGCCCUCUCUCCCGCGCCCCGGGGAGCCGCUGCCAGGACCUCGGUGAAUCGGGUCAGGGACCCGGCUGGCCGGGGAGCCUGUUCGGGUGGCGGGAGGCCGAGGAAGGAAGAGAGCGCGACCGCAGAGUCGGGUAUGCGCCGGGCCAGCAGAGACUACGGCAAGUACCUGCGCGGCUCGGAGGAGAUGGGCGGCGGCCCCGGCGCCCCACACGAGGGCCCGCUGCACCCCGCGCCCUCGGCCCCCGCCCCGCCGCCGCCCCCCGCGGCCCCCCGCUCCAUGUUCCUGGCCCUCCUGGGGCUGGGGCUGGGCCAGGUGGUCUGCAGCGUGGCUCUGUUCCUGUACUUCCGAGCGCAGAUGGAUCCUAACAGGAUAUCAGAAGACAGCACCGACUGCAUUUAUAGAAUCCUGAGACUCCGUGAAAACACAGGCUUACAGGACGCGGCUAUGGACGGUGAAGACACGGAAGCCCUCCCGGACUCGUGCAGAAGGAUGAAACAGGCCUUCCAAGGAGCCGUGCAAAAGGAACUGCGACACAUUGUUGGGCCACAGCGCUUCGCAGGAGUCCCAGCUACGAUGGAAGGUUCAUGGUCCCAGCUGGCCCAGCGGAGCAAGUCUGAGACUCAUCAGCCUUUCGCUCAUCUCACUAUUAACGCUGCCGACAUCCCAUCCGGUUCCCAUAAAGUCAGUCUGUCCUCUUGGUACCAUGAUCGGGGCUGGGCCAAGAUCUCUAACAUGACCUUAAGCAACGGGAAGCUAAGAGUUAACCAAGAUGGCUUCUAUUACCUUUACGCCAACAUUUGUUUCCGGCAUCAUGAAACGUCGGGAGACCUAGCUACAGAGUAUCUUCAGCUGAUGGUGUAUGUCGUUAAAACCAGCAUCAAAAUCCCAAGUUCUCAUAACCUGAUGAAAGGAGGAAGCACCAAGUACUGGUCAGGAAAUUCCGAGUUCCACUUUUAUUCCAUUAACGUUGGAGGGUUUUUUAAGCUCCGAGCUGGUGAAGAGAUCAGUGUUCAGGUGUCCAACCCUUCGCUGCUGGAUCCAGAUCAAGAUGCAACGUACUUUGGGGCUUUCAAGGUUCAGGACAUCGACUGAAACUGGUUUUGUGGCACAUUCGUCUGUGUAUCCUAGAUGUUUGGAAACUUUUCAAAAAAUAAAAAAUGGAAGAUGUAUAUAGGUGUGUAAGACUACUAAGAGGCCUGGUCCGCACUGUACGGAACUCCGUGUCCUCUCUCUUGGCCCUGUAAAGGUCACGUGUGUGUAAAGAUUAGGGGAUGCUAGGCUCACGGAGGUUCACAAUGGUUUUACAAUUUUGUAAUGAAUUCCUAGAAUUAAACCAUGUUGGAAGAAGGGUAGUGACACUUGUGAAAAAGCGCACGUGAGCUAUGGAAGGGGUCACGGUCUGUGGUUCUAACUCCUGGCAAUGUGCCACUGAGAACCUCAAAAUUAAGAGGGUGCCAUGGUCCGAAGGGUUAAGUUCUUUUGAAUUGUUACAUCUUGCUGGAACCUGCGAGUAGGUAUACUUUUCUAAUGAGGAGAGAAAUAUAUAUGUAUUUUUAUAUAAUGUCUAAAGUUAUAUUUCAGGUGUAAUGUUUUCUGUGCAAAGUAUUGUAAAUUAUAUUUGUGCUAUAGUAUUUGAUUCAAAAUAUUUAAAGCUGUCUCACUGUUGACAUAUUUAAUGUUUUAAAUGUACAGAUGUAUUUAACUGGUGCACUUUGUAACUCCCCCGAGGGGACUGGUAGCUAACAGGGAGGAAUACUGUUUCUGGUGGCCACAGGUAGUUCAUUUCUUCAUUCUUCUUAACUUAAUAGAGUUUUCCCGACUUGUCAAGCCUAUGCAAACAAAAAAAAAUUAAAAUGAAUACCUUGAAUAAUAAGUGGGAUGUUGGUCACCGGUCCUUUUCAAAUUCAGAAGCCAAUUGACUUUAGGAGCCGAGAUAGCCAAGAAGGAUACAUAACAGGCUACUGAAAUCUGUCAGGAGUAUUUAUGUAAUUAUUGAACAGGUGCCUUUUCCUACAAAAGGUAACUGUAACACAAAUUGUAAGUUUUGUGGUUGUUUUUUUUUUUAAAUAGAGAAAGUACUGUGGUUUAUCAGCAAAAAAAAAUCUACUUUUUUUAAUCUAGCAAAAGUUAUUUUAUUAUACUGUACAAUAAAAGCAUUGUCUCUGAAUGUUAAUUUUUUUGGUACAAAAAUAAAUUUGGAUGAA